GGCAUCGGAAUUAAUUCUCGUUGUUAUUCAUGGGUACGAUAUAGUUUAGCGUACUCACAGUGUCGCGCUCAGUCACCGCCACGCGCCGUUUUCAGCAGGUGAAAAAGUCUCGCAGAGGAAGUCUCGCGCAAACAUGGAGCCCCGAUGGAGUCUGGCCGCGAUCGGUGCUCUUCUGCUGAUCCUAGACGCGGCAUGCGCGCGGGAUCGUCAGCUGCUCAUACGAAUGAAUACGGAGUGCGAAUGCGGAAUAUCGGGAGGAAUAUCGAAUCGCAUCGUCGGCGGGACUAUCACGAUCCCGCACCUGUUUCCUUGGGCGGUGGCGAUAUUCAACAAGGAUGAGUUUCACUGCGGUGGCACUUUGAUCAACAACAGAUACGUGCUCACAGCUGGGCAUUGUGUCAGAUGGACGAAUCAUGCCGACCUCUCGCUCGGUUUGGGAAUGCACGACAUUGAGGCCGCGAACGAGGGAUUCUUAGCUCCGAUCGAUAAAGUGAUCCUACACGAAAACUUCGAAAGCGAUUACAUCCACGACACGAACGACAUUGCUCUAAUUCGCUUGCGAAAUUCAGUGAAAUUCGAUGAAAAUGUGAAACCCGUAUGCCUACCGCAUAAAGGUUCCGAUUACACGGGACACAAUGUUCAAGUUAUCGGAUGGGGACGUGUCACCACCAAAGGCGGCGCCUCCAGGUUCCUGCGUCAAGCUACCCUGAAAGUUAUGUCUCACGAAGCGUGCAAGAACACUUCGUUUGGCGAUCAUGUGACGACAUCGAUGAUAUGCGCUUAUAACGACGAUACCGAUGCCUGCCAGGGUGACAGCGGCGGACCUCUUUUAUACGGAAGGCCAGACGGAAAGUACGAAGUGAUCGGUGUAGUUUCCUGGGGCAUCGGAUGCGCCAAACGCGGAAUCCCGGGUGUCUAUGUAAAGAACAUGGAUUACUUGAAUUGGAUUAGGCGUAACAGUAAGGACGCUGUUUACUGUGUGGAUGGCUAAGCUAUUACGGUUUCCUAUAGCGGAUAUAGGUAGUGAAUAUGAUCGAAGAAACAUUCGGAUAUAAUAAAUAACUUAAAACAUGUAAUAGGAGAUAAGACAAUCUCUCUCUUUGCAUUGGAUCGGACGAUUUUCGAAUUAAAGAAAACACGUUUCGAUUAUAAAAUCCAAUAUGCAAACGGCUUCGACUGUUCAUUAUCGUCAUCAUCAGAACAAAUGUUUCAAAUACAAUACGCCCGUAAUCGUUUAUUUGGCUUUUGAAUCAAAUACAAUAUCUCGUGUCAUGUGUAAUCUAACAGUUCCUUAAAGCGCGAUAAGCUUGAAAUAGUCAAGUCACGAACGCAAUGCACGACACGAGCACUUCACUAUAGGUAUUAGCACGGUCCGUAAUAAUCGCGAUUCUUUUUACGUCGUUAACGGGUCGCCACGGUAGGCGUUUUCAAUCUUAUUUUAUCAUUCGCAUUAUUACUUUUGUUGCGUUGACGAUAACGUCAACGAUCGCUCGACGGAGUAGUUAGAGAACUGAUUAAAAAGCAUAAAAUAUCAUCGUUACUAUAACCACAAUAGUGCAAUGUUCCGGGAGAAAUAGAAGUUGGGUGCAGCUUGUUAUGUCCUUUGCUUCUCAUGUACAAGAUCGUGGGAUAAACAAUUCUAAUAGAAUCCUUUCGUGAAAGAUUAAAUUUGACCAAUUUAAAACUAAUUCUUUCUCAACUCUGUGAGCUAUUCAAAUACAUAUAAUUUUCAAGUUACAUUCAGGAGAUUAUAAGCGAAAAGAAAUCAAAUUUCUCUGUAAUAUAUAUAAUUCCAGAAUUUAUCAAAAAAUCCUUCAUUUUUAAUAAAAGUCGGAAAACUCUCGUAUUGCUGUUUUCUUUUUAUGAAGACAGAUCUCAACAUUUUUCUCAUGCAUUAUUCUUCUUAUCGCAACAUUUACAGACAGAAUUUUCGCAAUGUAAAUCUUACGUCAAAAAGUAAUUUCAAAGCGAUUAAGAAAAAUAAAUGUGCAUUUAGCAUUUAUUUAAUAAAAAUGUACAAGUAAUUCACAGAAAUUUUCGACUUUUAUACAUUAAUUAAUAAACAGCUUCAGCAGCAAAGUAUUCUUAUCUUAUUAAGUCGAGUUGUUUCCGGAUUACUGUCUCUGGGGUUUACAUAAACGUACGUUUACGUUCACAGUGUGUUCACCGGAUAUUAAAUCUAUUAUAAAUUGUAUGUAAAAACUUACAAGAGAAGUUAACCGUGAAUUUUAUUUGGAUACAACUGGACUAUUGGAUAUAACUGGACGGUUUUACGCUAGAAAACUAAUACGGUGUUGAAAAACGUUGACGCAGCAAAUUAUUAAAUUAAACUGAAUGUUUGUUUACACAAACAUUCGAGUAGAGAUGUAAUACUAUGUUCUUAUCCGAUGAAUUUCGAUGUGUAUUCGAAAUCAUGUAACAAUCCUUUACACAACUAAACUUUAUAAGCUAAGGAGAAUAAAAGCGAAUUUAACAAUU